ACUCAGUCCAAGGAGCAGGCUUUUGCUAAAGAAGGAGCCAAGGUCAUUGCUACAGACAUUAAUGAGUCUAAGCUGCAAGAACUGGAGAAAUAUCCAGGCAUUCAAAUACGAGUUCUGGAUGUCACCAAAAAGGAGCAGAUAGAAAAUCUGGCCAAGGACAUUGAAAGGAUUGAUGUCCUCUGUAAUGUUGCAGGGUUUGUUCAUCAUGGGACUAUUCUGGACUGUGAAGAACAAGACUGGAACUUCACUAUGAACCUUAACGUUCGCAGCAUGUAUCUAAUGAUCAAGACAUUCCUUCCUAAGAUGCUUAAACAGAAAUCUGGAAAUAUUAUAAAUAUGUCUUCUGUGGCAUCCAGCAUUAAAGGAGUUGUGAACAGAUGUGUAUAUAGUACUUCAAAGGCAGCAGUUAUUGGUCUAACAAAGUCUGUGGCUGCUGAUUUCAUUGAACAAGGCAUCAGAUGCAACUGUAUAUGUCCUGGAACUGUUGACACACCAUCUUUACAGGAAAGAAUCCAAGCCCGGCCUAACCCAGAACAGGCAUUGAAAGACUUUCUAGCCAGACAGAAGACUGGUAGGAUGGCUACUACUGAAGAAGUGGCCCAUCUCUUUGUGUACUUGGCCUCUGAUGAAUCUGCCUAUAUGACUGGUAAUGAACUAAUCAUUGAUGGAGGAUGGAGCUUGUGACUGACCCUACCUGCAA